AUGGCCAGCCAGGGAGAGUCGCCAGCGCGGGCGUACGAUCCGCUGUACCCGCAGCCCAUCGAGAACAUCUAUCUUCAGCGCAAGCUGUACGCAUUCCGCGACGCAUUCGAGCCAACUUUUGCCCGUCAGACCGACACAGUCAAGCACCAAGCCGCAGCGGCGCUCAGGGAGAUCGCACGGCAAAGGGACAAUGUAAACCCGUCUAGCCUCUCAUGGUAUAGAGGCAAGAAGCCGGUCGACGCUGGAACGUUUUUGGCGCUGGGAAACUGGUUCGGCCAGCGGAUGGUCAUUGACGACCGCCUCGACUUUCACCCAUCGGAGGAGCUCUUGCAGGAAAUACCCUUGGGACCCCUCGUCGCACACGAAUCCUACAGUAAGAUGAAGAAGCGCGUUCAGCUCCAAAGGCAGCUUGGUGCGUCCACUUCGAGCUCGCACCAGCUGAGCAAGAACGAUGGGGCCUCUACUUCCGAGCACUCGGACACAAGAGGAUCAACCUCAUACCAGCAGAACGAUAGGCAACAGAACGUCUGGCAGUCAUCUGGCAGCGGCGAACUGGGGGGCGUCUCCAGCAACACAGUUGAGCCGAGCGCUCAUCGUGAGCAACAAGCUCCUGGCAAGCAUGACCUCAUGACAGACACGUCUGCCCAUCCGCCACAGAAACGUCAUAAGAGCAAAGAUGCCGCCGGAGAUAAACAACCCCCCGACGGAAUUUGCGGAGGGAUGUUCGACCAGAGCACUGGAGAGACUCGGGACAUCACGACGCUUCAGUGUCAGUUGCGGAUGGCCAAGGGCACAAUCGCGCAUCUCGAGAAACUGCAGCUCGACCUAGAGGUGCGCAACUUGAGCGUUGAACAACGCGCCGUCGCAGCCGAGAAGAGCCGGGACCAUCUCCGAAGGGAGCUUGCCAAGCUCCAGACCGACCUGAAGGCGGCCCAGGCGGAGCGAGACUUUGCGAAAGAGCCGGUUACGGCCAGUCGAGGACCGACACUGCCCGAGGCUGCGAGCGAAGUAAUAAGCGAAAACGCCCGUCAAACACCCGGCGCGGCCCUUCCCCUCGACGUCGUUCGACAGCUUCUUAGUGACGCUUUCCGAGCCGGGUUGAAUGAGCGGCAAAACGGCAAGUAA